AUGUCAUUCUUCACUACCACAGCAAACAAGCGCGCCAAGAUUUCAUCCUUCAAGACUCCAAAGGAACCCAUGGACGAGGCUGCAUCGAAGAGCCAGAUCAUCGUUGACUUCUACGAACCCAACAUCGGUGCCCCAGAUAGCCUUGGUCGCACGCAGGCUGAGAUCCUCCAAUGGUCUGAUGACCAACUGGAAUCCUCUCACAACUACAUCCAGAUGCUCUUCCCACUUCCGGAGGGAUCACCUUACAACAGCGCGGCACCAAUAAUCGAUCUAGACGUCAUGCAAGCCUUCCGAUCGCGACCUGAGCUACGCCAGCAAUUGCGUCUAAGCUUUGAGCGUAUGCUCAAGUUCUACGGCUUUCGGGUCAUAGACAAGUCGGAUUAUGAGAUCAAGCAGACCCCCCAUGAGUUCCGCCAUCAGUUCAGCCAUGAGUUCCACCAUGGGUUCCGCAAUUGGUCAGAUGCUGAGAUCCACCAAAUUAUUGGCACAGCAUCCCCCGAUUCAUUGCUUGAUACAGUGUCAGGCGUCGCCCGCCAGGAGACAGUGAACACUGGUCAUAGAACGGCAGCAACACGAGACGAGGCAGAGCAACAGAAGACUGAGACAUACACGGAUGCCCCCAUCGAUGCGGAUUCCUCUUCCACAAACGCAGAGCAAGAUGUCGCUUCUCCAGACUCAAUCCCGUACCACAUCGUUUGCUCGCCUGAUUGGGACGAGCAAUCCAGGCACUGGAAUGUGCACUUCAAUCACAACCAUCUCCGCAUUACGCGCAUCCUCCGCUGUCUCCGUAUCCUCGGCCUGCAGGACGAGUACAAUGCGUUCUUCACGGCACUUGAGCAUAUCUCCACCGACACAUCCAACCGCAUUAGCAAUAGGAGCAAGGAUUUCUGGUGGCUAGCUGUGACACGCCCGCUAUACGAGGUACCUGACGGCAGCCGCAUCAAGUGGCUGGAGGACUGGGAGAAGGAGCAGAAGAAUCUGAAGUCGGUUAGGUUCGACGAAGAUAUGGAGGAUUCAGAGACGGAGGAUUCGGAGACGGAGUAG